UCCUUCGAAAAGACUUGCUGACAGGAGAUGGUGCCAAAGUUACUGGUUUGGACGACAUCACAAUCCCGAUGAAUGAUGAAACUCAUGUAACAAAUGACAUUCCUUCUGAAGCUGAACCACAAGGAGUGCUGCAUAGUCCAGUUGUGCAACCCCGUCGUAUAAAAAAGGGAGUGGCAAAGAGGACAAAAAAUUUUAGUCAGAAGGAGGAUGAAGUUAUAUGCUCUGCUUGGUUGAAUGUGAGCAAAAAUCCCAUAACUGGUGCCAAUCAAUCUCGUUCCACGUUUUGGAGCAGAGUUCAUGCUUACUUUGAGACAAACAAAACAACAACAGAAGUCAGGACAGAGAGUUCCGCUAUGCAUAGGUGGCUGACAAUUCAGGCUCAAGUUAACAAGUUUUGUUCAUGUUACGAUUCGAUUGAACGGCGGCAUCAAAGUGAAAAGACUAUACACGACGAGAUUUCAGACGCAUGUGAGCUGUACAAGGGAUUAGACCAGGACAAUAAGGCAUUUACUCUUAUACCAUGUUGGACCAAAUUGAAGGAUGAAGACAAGUGGAAAGCAAGGAUGGUUGAAAUUGCCGAGCAAGAGAUGCAAACAAGCAAUAAAAAACAAAAAGUCAACGUAGACUCGACUCCAACAAAUGUAGAAGACGCAAACACUGAAGAAGAGAUUGCAGCUGUCGCACCCGGAAGAAAGAAAAAAGCCACAAGGUGUGAAGAAGGCAAAAGAAGCUCUUAAGCGAGGAGGGGAUGAAGCUUGCAUGGAGGCUCUUGAUAGAAUGUGGGCUAAGAAGGAGGCUUUUGAUGUAGAGAGAGAAGAAGAAAGAUGAGAGGUUCUUGGUUUCACUGGAGAUAGAGAAGAAGCGACCGUCAAUUGAAGAAAAAAAAGCUGAAUCGGAAUUAUUGAGAGAGGAGAACGAAAUCAUGUCGGUGAACAUGAGCUCUCUCACCCCGCUGCAGAAGCAGUACUACGAGACCAUGCAGCAGAAGAUUAUCGCUCGACGAUUGGCAAAUCAAAUUUACUUUACCUGUUUUAGUUCUUUUUAGUUAAAUGGAUCUAUAUUUUUAGUUGUUAUUUGUCGUUAUGCGAAUAUUUAAAGUUCUAAAUUGUUGUUGUGAUUAUUACUUUAAGUUGUCAUUCCUCGGUGUGAUAAAUAUAGACUUGAAAAAUGCCAUACACAAUGCAGUGGUAACAAACGUGUUUAAAAUAAAUGUAAAUAUGACGCUAAUAUAAAUCUGGAUGAUGAUUCCAUAGGUGGGCCGCGCCGAGGUGGCGCGCGUGCGGGCGAUAGCGGCAGGGCGACGGGGCGGCGGAGGCGGCAGCGUCAGGGGAUGGCGACGGUGGCGUCGCGAUGCCGGGACGCGAGGAGAUGCGUCGGCACAUGAAAAAACGCGUGCGCUGAAAGUUCAUGGCGAAGGCGCGCGAGAAAUCCAGCUUUAUACUUUUCUACAUGUCAAGUGAAACCUCGUCUCUUAUAUAUGCGCGCA